AUAUAUCAUAAAAAUGUUGAUUUGCUUUCAAUCAAGAUAAGUAAAUAGUAAUGUGUGGCGCCAUCUAUGAUCAGUUAGAAACAUUAUAUAUUCUUUUUUUUUAAGUUGUCGUUUAAAUACCAGAUGUCGUUGUCAAAAAUUUUGAAUUAAUUUUGAUUUAAUAAUAGAUAUUAAAAAAUAUAAUUUUGAAUAUAAAAAGAGAAAUUGCGUUAAUGAGGUGGGUGUUGAACGUGGAUGAAGUUACACCCGAUAUUAAUCAAAGUUGACAGAACUAUGUCAAAUAUUUGCUUGAAUAUAGACGUUUUUAUCUAUUUAUCACACACGUACAUACACACACCGGCUAUAACGCCGCAUCAGUAGUAGAUAUCUUAAGUAAACCGAGCAGGUAUGUAAACAGAACACGUUGUGUAUGCGCCUCGAUCAUCAUUACGAACAACAUCAUUGCCAGCCAGCGAGUCAGCUUUCGGAGGAUUAACUUUAUAAACUGUUUCUCACUGGUUUAUUACCAAUAACGCGACGGCGUUAACUUUCACAUCGAUCACAAUAAAAUGCUAAUCAAAUCCGUUUAUAUUUAUUAUUACUUCCUCCUAUAAAACAGCUACUGAUAUUAUUCGAAGCUUAACUUUGGAUUAAUUCUCUUUUUUCAUUAAAAAAGAAUACAUAUUUUUAUAAUUUCCCGAUUAUAACAUAUGGCCCUUUAUUUGAUUUAGGUUUGUCUCGAAUAUAGGACAUAAUACAUACAUGUAAUUUCCAUUAGAGUGGAAUAGAUAUCUUAUAUGUAACCAAAUAAAUAAAUUAAAGGGGAUUUUUAUGUUAGUUUCGAUGUUAUAAAUAAUAUUUAAGAUCGGAGAACAAUACGAUUUGAUUUAGUAAAGAAUAGGGUUAAAUAAAUAAUAAGGCUACUUUCUUAGAUAAGAAAAACCAGUAUUGUUUAUGUUUAUGUUAAGAUUAUGAUAUCCUUGAAAAAAAAAUCAUUUACUUCUUCUUGUAUUCUUAUAAUAACCUAACUUGUUGAUCGUUUUCUAUCAAAUACCACCUGGGUGGGAAAACGCAACGUUAUCAGUUUACGAAGGGAAUGAUUCGAACACCGAGAAUUGAUAUCGUUAUUAUCAGCAAAAAAAACUCGAUCGAAUCUGUAUAGCAUAGAACAGAGUUGAAAUCGUGUCUGAUUUGAACGGGUUUUAGUUGCAUCUGUCCGAUGGACUGGUGAAGUGGUGUUUAGAAAAUUAACCCCCUCAUUAUUUUCCAACGAAUAUCACCAAUACAUCAAGAAUGGCCAACGGUUACGAGGAAUGUUACGAUAAUUCAUGGCACAUCAUCCCGCCGGACUACGUUAAUUUAGAAGACGAUUAUAGAUUUUCAUUAUUAGAUACCAUGAAAGCUACAACUGUCGGUCAAAGACAACCGGCCGGUUUUGCAAUAAGCGAUAUUCUCGAACUGAACGAUAGGACACCCGGAGGUUUAGAAAACGGAAGUGAUCAACCCUCAAAUUAUCCAGUACAUCAAGAUCUCAUUACGACCCAAACUAUGUUAACAUCACCACCAACAAGACAUUGGCCUUUAACAUCACCCGCAGAAAUAGGAAUAUUACCACAUCAUCACCAACAACUUAGUCCGGAUAGCACGAGUCCGUCGAUUUCGGAGAGAUCUCUGCCGGCGGAGACCUCUUCGAAUCACCAUCACCAUCAUCAUUUAGGAGAAAAUUCUGGGUUGCAAUCGCCCGAUGAAGAACAUGACGACGAUGAAGAAGUGGCGCAACAACAACAAUCCGGCGGCGGACAUAAAAAAAGGAAGCGGAGGGUGUUGUUCUCGAAAGCGCAAACUUACGAGUUGGAGAGGAGGUUUCGACAGCAACGGUAUCUAUCCGCACCGGAAAGAGAACAUUUGGCUUCGAUUAUUAGGUUAACGCCGACUCAAGUGAAGAUUUGGUUUCAAAAUCACAGAUAUAAAACUAAAAGGGCAAUGCAUGAAAAAGGUUUGCACGAUCAACAAAACAAUAAUACAACCCCAUCACCGAGAAGGGUGGCAGUUCCGGUUUUGGUACGAGAUGGAAAACCUUGCUUAGGCGGAAGUGGUCCAAAACCAAGCGACGGCACGCUACAAAUUCCCCAACACAUAAUGAUGCCUUCUUAUACCCAUCAAAUUAUGCAUGGUCAACCGAGAGUAUGGUGGUAGAGGUUUUAUUUAAACAAAUCUCUUUUUGUAACCGAAAAAAAUGUUUAAAAAAGUAAUUUUUUUUUUUAAGAUAAAAGUUAGUUUCAUAAUAAUUUUUGGGUAAACAAAAUAAUUUUUUUUCGGUUGCAAACAGAGAGGGAAAGUGAGAGACUAUGUAUUUUAUCGCCUGUGUAUAGUUUGUACAGAUAAAUUCGUCAAAUAAACAUGUUCUCUUUAUCGGGCCGAUCGUGGCGAUAAAAACGGUACGCACGAAACUAAAUUAAUUUUUUUUUUGAGAAGAUACGAUCGAGACAUUUACAAAAAAUAAAAAAAAAAGAUCUCCAUCUUCAAGAAUAACAUGAAGGUAGAGAUAGAAAUUCUUUAAAAUUAAUUUUUUUCGUACCUCAUUAUUAAAUGUGUAAAUAGAUUUUAAGAAGGCCAGUACCAAAAUUUUAAAAGAAAAUUUAAAAGUGUUUAAAAUACAAAAAAAAUCGAAGAAUUUAGUUUAUAAAGACGUGAACAUUCCUAUUUUGUAGAUAUGUUUUAGUAAAAUCGUGUGUGUAGAUAGCCGGGUUUUAAAAAAAUCUUUAAAAAAAUCA